CGACAACGCAAAACAUUUAAGCAAGGAGUCGAAAGGAUUAACGUUGUGAUGAUUCGGAUGCUAAGAAUCCCCUCUCUUUCUCUCUAUACGCCUAAGGUGUCAUCAGCGUCCUUGUUUGGAGAUCUGCUUGUGAAUCAUGAGCGUUACAGUUCCAGUAUACGAGUAACGGAGAUACUUAAGGACCAUGUGGGAGUUUCAUCAAAUAGGAAUUCACUUUGUGGAUUUAGAACUUUUUGCACUGGCCAAGAUUGCAAGAGACAAGGAUGCUGCAGUGUCAGAGAUCAUGGAGAUUUCGGGGGGACAGAUACUUUGGAACAUUGAUUUUAGUAGGGCAGCACAAGAUUGGGAAAUAAGCAGCUUUGCAGAUUUCUAUGGACUCUUAUACUCUAUAAGACCAAACAAGCAACAAGAGGAUGUUAUGUGGUGGACUCUAUUAGAUUUGUCGACUAAGAAGUGUGUGCCAUGCGCCUCAAAGGACCUGCGACCCAUGACCGAGGAAGCAGCAAAUGAGCUAAUUCGACAGGUAGCCGGAUGGAAUUUGGUCAAUGAAGGUGGCAUGCUGAAGCUGAAUCGGUCAUGGAGAGUGAAGAGUUUUACCAAAGGAUUGGAAUUAUUUACACGCGUUGCUGAGGUUGCAGAAGCAGAAGGUCACCAUCCAGAUCUUCAUCUUGUUGGAUGGAACAAUGUAACAAUCGAAAUAUGGACACAUGCAGUUGGUGGACUUACUGAAAGUGACUUCAUACUUGCUGCGAAGAUAAGUGGACUUAACAUACAAAGCCUGUUGAGGCGAAAAGCUUCCGAUUAAACUGCUGGCAUAAACAUGAUGUAGAGACGUUGCAAGUAAGCUGUGUUGAUGUGCCAUGACUGCUUCCUUUCUGGUUGAUACUUUGAUUUGAAAUGGACUUGGAGUAGCUUUUGUUUGUUAGAAUUUCAGGAUAUGUGACAUAGCAGCUGUGCGUCCAGACGAUAGAACUCGAUCAGUUGUGUUCCAUAUUUUGCGCUAUUCUGUAGACCUUCCCUACACUGCAUGUCCUGUUAAUGGAAGUCUAUAUUAUGAGUGUGUAUGGAGGCUCCAUAGUUAAUUCCGAUGUCCAUUUAAGAUUGUUUCCGACGGAAAAUACUACUUAGCCCCCUCAAUAUUACUGUUUAAAGUUAUCGCUCGGUUAUUUAUUUAUUUAUUUUUAAUGGUUAA